UCGAGCUGUGGCCAGGCUGAGCCUUGCUGUGGCCCACACAGUCGAGAGGGCUGUAUCCCAGUUUGGGGCAUCGCAUCCCCACAGAGCUGGUGGUGGCAGGGUGUGAGGAGCAGAAGCAGCCUGCUCCACGUCCCAGGCUGGGCUUCGCUCACCAGCAGCUCUGCUGCAUCAUCUGAAGGGGUGUACAGGGGCUGUGGGGUUUCGCCGAAGAAACAGUGGUGACUUGUGUUAUGUUUAAACGUGGCUGUUCCUGCCCCCUCUCCCGCAGAGCCCUCUCGCAGCCCAAGCAAGAUCUCCGCUGCCUGUGAGUGCUGUAGGCGACUGAGCGGCACCUUCCCCCGAAAUGAUGGAAAACAAAGUGUUUAUGUCAUUUACGUUCUACAGCACAAUCUUGAUUUUAAAAAUGUAUGUUGUUGCCAUCAUUACAGGACAAGUGAGACUCAGAAAGAAGGCAUUUGCAAACCCAGAGGACGCACUGCGCAAUGGGGGGCUGCAGUACUACCGUGAGGACCCUGAUGUGGAGCGGUGCCGCAGGGCCCACCGCAAUGACAUGGAGAACAUCUUUCCUUUCCUCUUCCUCGGAGCCAUCUACUCCUUGCUGGAUCCCAGUCCCGCAGUGGCCAGGAUCCACUUCUUCAUCUUCUGCAUGGGGCGCAUUGUCCACACCAUCGCCUACCUCCUGCAGCUGAAGGCGCCCACGCGCUCUGUGGCCUACAGCGUGGCACAGCUGCCCUGCUUCUCCAUGGCUCUGCAGAUCCUCCUCGCUACCACCCCAUACUGGUAACGCCCAACAAGACUGACCAUCCAAACCCCCUCGUCCUGCGCUCUGCUGGUUUCCCUGGCUGGACCGGGUGGUGCGUGUGCAAGUGUGAGUGUGCAUGUGUGUGUAUGUGUGUGGGCACAUGGUAUGUUGCCAGGGAGGCCACCUGCACCACAAGGAUGCUCAGUGCAGCCUUGAUAAAUUCCCCACGCUAUUGAAAUUGGGCAGGGAAGUCACCAGAGAGAAGGGGCAUGUCUCCCCAUGGAGCGGGAAGGGGAUGUGGAGGCAGGUUUCCCUCACUCCUAAGGGUGGGAGGGGGAAAGCACCUGGACUACCCCGUGAGGAAGGUGUUCACUGAAGGAAAGAAGAUUUUCUAGCCCAACUGCAUUCAGAACUGGGAAGGACCCUUGGCCACGAAUACCCUGUGAAUCAGGAAGGGAAAACCAUGAGGGUCCCACGAAGUCUCUUGGUCAGCAGACAUGGGUGGUAGCAGUGGGGGGUUAAAAAACAGCUGCCCUCCUCCUGCCCAGCCGUGUGGGUCUGUGGGGACGGGGGGGUCCCUUAGGUUCCCUCCCCCAUGAGCAGGACAGGAGGCAGGUGCCUGCCAGGCAGCGUAACAUGGAAGUCAAAAUCUCAGGGGUGAAGUUGUGAAGCCACCAAAGCAUUCAGUGCUCCCAGCCAUGGGAUGCAGCUGUCUGCUGGGGAGCCUUACUGCAGGCAGGAGCCUGCCUGUCCCAGGAAGGACGUUCCACGGCCGGCGUUUGGCAGCUCCCGGCCAGCAGCAGCCGUGGCUUUUCCAUCUCAGUCUCACGGUGGCAAGAUGCAGAGGGAUGCGCCUGGAGCAGCUGGCAGGAAUCGCUGACCCUGUAGAGAGCUGGACAUAAAGCUCUGGGACUUCUGGAAAGACUGAGAUGCUCACACAAAACAACGGGUUUGCAGUUUGCAGACAGACCUUUCUCCCAGGGGCGGUAUCUGUGUUCACAUGCCGCUGAUGCCUGAAAACACUCCCAGGGCAGCAGACUGAAUUUUUUCCCCUCUGUUUGUAGCCUUUCUCUGGCUGCAGAAUGGCUGUUGCUAUUUGGGGAAUGUGCCGUGACCGCUUUGGGGGUGUUUUCUUUCAGCUGUUUCCUGCUGUCCACUGCUGCCGAGCCAUGUGCAGCCUGGAUUAGCUGGUGUUUGCAGAAAGCUCUGGAAAUGAGCAGAGUGGCUUUGAACACCGCCCCCCCCGGGAGAAUACCGCUGCUCUGCGGUGUCGCCUGAAAGCCAUCAUGUUGGAGAGGAGAGGCUGGGACCAGGGUAUCACAGGAUGACAAACCCUCGUGAGGUCGUCUGCCACGCGGCUGUCCUGAAGUGCCAAGGGCUGGUCCAGGCAACAGCAGUGUGCAAUGGAGCAGCCCUAUGGAGGACAAGGCAGGAGGAAGCCUCUGCUGUUCAGUGCCUCCUCCCUCCUCUGAGGGCAAUGCAGAGUUUUACUACGAUCACAGGGGGAAUCCAGAAAGAGCAGAAAAUAAAUUCCCCCUUCCACCUAUCCUAAGCACUAAAGCUGUUCCCUUAACCCUGCUGUCCUCAGAGAUGCUCUGAGACCUCACUGAGCGCCUGUGUGCCCAAAGGGGUGAAACACCAGCUCAGACUGAUGCUCUGAGCCCUUGCCCAGCUUGGGUAGCAGCUUCUGUACCAGUAACUCCUGACCCCAGCGCAGAUGUGGCCUUCGGCUAAGCUGUUUGGUGAGGUUUGGAGUGGAGUGCUCUGCUCUUCCGCGGGGGAUGCAGGGCCCACCACGUGUGGAAGGUGGGCAGGACUGCAGGUUCAGCAGUUUGCUCUUGGCCACUUCUCAUUUACGCAGCCUCGACAGAUGUCUGGGUAAUACCCCUCUUAACAAGCCUUUUCUGCCUCACAUGGUGCACAAGGUCUCGAACCCCUGUACGUUUCUCUGCUGCUGCACAUGCAUCCUGGUGGCAGGAAGCAAAUAUUCCCAAUAAAAACAAAUCAUUGUGCUCUGAUACAUCCUUCCUUCGGGAGCAGCAGAUGCAGCUGGGUAGCAGCUGGGUCCAGCCCCAGCAGGAUAGCUCCCCAGCUGCAAAGUGCUUUGCUAAACCCUGCUGCAGAGCCUGGAGUGCCCUGGGACUCCUAAAGAGACAUCCCUUUCCUCUGGACUCACCUGCCCUGCAGAGGAAGCUCUGUUCCAGGUGUGGAUUAUUUGUGCUGAUCCUUUAAAUUCAGCAGAGCUGGGGCUUGCAAAGCAGUUCUGUUCAGUUUUCCUUCCCAGAGUAGUGGGUUGUUACAAAGUUUGGUGCUUACCCAAGCCUCCUCCAUCCCAGCUCCCCCAAAGCAGGCUAGUGGUAUGAGGUGCUUUGUCCCAGCAAGCUUUCUUCACACCCUGCCUGUGCAGCCAAGCUGGUGCUUAAAUCCUGGAGGGCUGGAGAAGUUCAGGUAAGAUGUGGUUGCUCUCAUUUCUGUGCCUAUGACUUGCAAAGGAGCUGCCUGUAUUCUUCAAGCUCAGCAACCACCUCUUUUUGCCGGUAGGUUGCUGGGAAGCAAACACCUCAUUUCCCUGGUUUUCCCUUAUUUUCUUAAACUGUUGGCGUUUGGGAGGUGCUGCCCCAUUGGUGUCUGCGUUAGCUGGUUGAGAUGGACAAAAUGGCUCCGCUUGGUAUUUUUUCUUUCCCUCAUGCUUUUUGCUUUCAAAUAAGAAAGGCAGCAUCUUUAUAAAAUGGACUCUUUCCAAUACACGUUGCUGUGGUUAGA